AUGCAUAUGCACACAGGCUCGCCGUCGCCGUCGACAUACAGCUACGAUGCAAGCAAGUCACCAUCACAUCCGGCGUAUUACACGCAGCACGCCUUGUCACCUGGUCCUUCAAUACACGAUCACCGAAUCCCCGCCGUCCAAUCCCCGUAUGGCGUUGCACAGCCCCAUUACUCACCGUCGGUACGGGCACCCCAAAUAGGAAAUAUCCCGCUCCCCUCAGACCAAAGCGGGAAACUAGCUCAUCGCGGACACGGCUCUGGGAGCCCGUCGUUCAGUUUAAACCCAGCAUUAGUCUACAACCCGUCCGGUGUAUUAUACUUCAACCUCAUGUACCCUACAGAAACCAUCCGUUUCAAGAAAGCCGCCCAAUUGCCGCAGCUCAGCGAGCCCGCGACACAUCCGUGUCAGUCUAGGCUUAUUCUGAGGAUAUACAAUCAAGCCCUUCAACUUGACUCGUCUUUCGCAGCGGAGAAUCCAAAUGGGUUAACCCUGUACGAUGUCCUCCAUCGAAUCUACACAUGGUUCCAUACUGGUGUUUCCCGCCAGGAGAUGCAGGCUCUCGGUUCCCAGCAACGGGCGUACUUAACGGACUCAUUCAGCCGGCGCACGGCCAAUAAUCCGAAUGAAUACCGUGCUGGUGUGAAGCGCCUUGACUGGCUCGGCCAAAGCACCUUUUUCUUCGGCCUAAGCCCCGCCCCAGACGGUUCUGGGGCAUGGAUCAUCAACGUGGGAGCGCAGCCUAUGGCAUAG